AUGAACGUCAACGUCCCGGAUUUGAUCAAAGCGGCCGUCCCCGAGUCGAAGGGUCGCAAUGUCCAGAUCCUCAAUGACAACAUGACGGGAAAUAAUUAUAGGGACCAGAACUUCCUCUCUAGCGACUUUCCAUCCAAUCCUCCCAAAUUGUACGUGACGGGAGAAAGCGACGAGUUUGACCAGCUGACUCUCGCCGAGUGGCGAGCGGAGGGCUUUGAUGUCGAGUACAUCUCAAUGGAGAGCCAUGGUGAUGGGUACCUACGCAAGAUCAAGUCCUUGAGCAAAGAGAACCUGGGACCUUGUGAAAAGUUUGGGAUUAUAGCAUACGACGACGCAGCGGCCAUCUGUCUCGAGCAUUUCCAUGUCCUCGACAACAAUCCAGAGUUCAAGCUCGGCCUUCUGAUUGCCUACUAUCCCUCUUCAAUCCCAGAUCCGAAUGGCCGAUUCCCCAGCGCUAUUAGCGCCUUGGUACAUUUCACAGUUGGCGAGGAAGUCGGCGUCGUAAAGCAGUCUCAGAUGGUGGGCAUUCAAGGCAAGAAGCAUACGAGACGCAGAACGAUUAGCAGAGGCCUCGGCACUGGCGGCAAGCUGAACCUUGCGUAUCCUAGUUACACCUACGAUGCACAGCCAGGGUUCGCUGAGCAUGAUAUGGAAGAGUAUGACGGGAUAUCUGCCGAUUUGGCGUGGAGCCGUAGCUUGGCUAUGGCGAGAAGAGUGUUUGGGAUUAACCCUGACCUGGAAGUUGCUUUGGACAACAACGUACAGAGCAAAUUCUUCUCUAAGCAUCCCGAGCAAGCCAUGUCUACAUAUACGACACACAAGACACCCCACGUCACCAACAUGCCGACCCUGACCGGAGGCAUCGGAUCAGCUGAGCUAAAACGCUUUUACUCCGACUUCUUUACCAAUCCGCCUUCUAUCAAGACCACGCUCAUAUCGCGUACCAUCGGCGCUGACCGAGUCGUGGACGAGAUACACCUACGCUUUAAGCAUACGGAGGAAGUUCCAUGGAUGCUCCCCGGAGUGCCGCCGACCAACAAAAAGAUUGAGAUCAUGAUGGUUAGCAUCGUCACGCUGAGAGGCGGCAGACUCUAUCAUGAGCAUGUGUAUUGGGACCAGGCCAGCGUUUUGGUACAGGCGGGGCUGCUAGACCCAGAGCUUUUAUCACAGACUGCCAAGGACCUCGGGGUCAAGAAGUUGCCUGUGGUAGGAAAACGAGCAGCGAGGAAGGUGAUAAAGAAUAGGAAUGAGAGUGACGACGAAGGAGAAGCGGACAAUGAGCUGAUUGAAGGGUGGGGGAAAGGCGAAGACAACAGUGAACAAAUCGCAACUGCAACCGCAAAAGAGGCAUCUUGA